AUGUCCGUAAAUGAGCAUGCAAACAAUGGGGAUGAGACUGAACUAGCAGCUGCUGCAACCCCAAGCACAACUGCAGCACCCGUAAGUACACCGACCCGUGGUCAUCGUGCUACUACAAGCCCAAGCACAAGCGCAGCUAGGGGUCGUCUUCGGCCUGCUACAGCAACCCCAAGCACAAGUGCAGUCAGGGGCCGUGGUCGGCGUGCAACAACCCCUCGGGUUGUAACUACUCUUAAGAUGCCUCCACCCAUCCUGCAGGCAUCUCCUCAGCCUGAGGUCCCUUCACCCAUCCCAUAUGCAUCUCCUCAGCCCGAGGUCCCUUCACCCAGCCCACCUUCGCAGCCCAAUUUCGAUGUCAGUAUUGACCAAAAUGUGACCCCUCCUAUACUCCCCGAGACACCCUCAUACGCACACACCGGCUCUAGUGCACCCACUCCUGGCCUCUACAUAAAGUAG